UGUUGUCUUCUAUUUUCUGUUGCGCUUUUUAAUAAUGUUGUAAUUAUGUUUUAUUUACAAUAGUACUACUUAUACUUUACUUCUUUGUUCUAUGUUUUAUAAUCUUAUAAUGCUUUUUUCGCUUUGCUUUGCAAUUUACCAUUUUUACCAAAGACCUAACUAGACUUGAAAACUGUUUUAAAAGUAAAAGUACACUUCGUUCAAAUGUUACUUAAUCCAUGACACACGCCCCAUGUUUCAUGAUCUAGCCAAGUUGUCCUAUAGGAAGGCCUAUAGGAAAGGGACCGGUUUGCACCAAAAAAUACCGGCUCAACGUACAACCGAUGUUGCGAGAUUUUUGGCAAUACUUUAACUGGUAUUUACAUCACAUGCUUCAAAGCCUCACACGUGCGCUUUGCAAUGGACAAAAUUUCUCUCGCUAACGAUCCGCGGCGGCGUUGGUGCAAAGGAGUAAAAGUGAAAAUAGGUCACUUUCGGUUGGAGAGGGUGGGGGGAGAAAAUCUUUCUCCAAUAUCUAUCCCUUCCCAUCCCUCCCUCCCCCCAAACAUACGAGUUCCAGCUGUAAUCGGUUCCUUGCAAGCUAGGAUAAAGCCCUAAAGAAACAAUCAACAUCCUCCAUGUUAUGCGACUGACCAUGUUGCAAAGAGAGAUCGUUCGAGCAAUGAACGAGAUGUAUCGUUGAAGACAUUUAACAACAAAAAAACACACACACAAUAGGAAAACAUCAAAUGGGCUGCUGCUGGCUUGAUGAAUGAUGCACGAAGCAACGUGCCGCCGUAACGAACUUCUCAUGGUGCUGGUGUCGCGCAACAGUGGACCGAUCGCACUCGCAAACAGAAAACAUUACCACGGACCGGCUAGCGAGCACGAACGCGGGACGCGUCUUACAGUUCAUGGUUGGAUUGUGUCCCGCGUGGACGUGUGCCGGAGAGACAGCAGGAAAAAUUCGUUGCCAUUUUCGUUUACCGUCGCGUCGAAGUUACCUCUUGGCGGUGAUACGGCGUGUUUGUUUCCGCGUGUGUUUGUACGAAACGCGGUGCGUCUAUCAUAUCGAAGUCUCCGACAAGCGACGAACCCGCGCUCGAGCGGACUGGUAACGGAGCCGGGUGUGGUGCAGGAAAUUUUGCGAUCGCGCGUCAACUGUGCAGCAUAUAAUUAGGCGGGCGCGUUCUGAAAUCGAUACUAGAUCGGAUACCAGGAGUUAAAGGGAGGGUUCCGUUUAGCCAUCUCAUUACUCAUUUCGGGACGCUUCGUACGUACGUACGUAUCGUCGGACGUGAUCGGAAAGGUGUAACAGUGCCCGCGAAUGCGAAACGUGGAAUAGAGGAAACAGUGAGACAGAGUGCGACGAGCCGGCCAGUUCUCGACGGAAGUAAAGGCCGAAGGGACUAUUGGAAGUGUUUCUCUUUUUCAUAUUUUGAAUUGAAUUAAAAGUACGCGAGUGUCUUCGGAGCAUCAUGGAUUUUCUUCAACAGAUGAAUCUCACCGAUUUUACGAUCUACGAUCUGUUCAACGUCAAAGGUGUCGAGGAACACAUCGAUGCCUAUCCUUUGAUGGCCUCGCCCGUACCGAGCUCCAUCGUGAUUGCCAUAUACCUUUACUUCAUCUACAAAUAUGGACCAAGCUACAUGGAGUACAGAAAACCGUACAACUUGCGAUGGAUCAUUGCGGGCUACAAUAUCUUCCAGGUGGCUGCGUGCGGAUAUCUUGUGUUUAAUUACAUCAAGGUAGGAUUCGAAUUUAAGUUCAUCGGACGCUGCACACCGAAGCUUCCUGUUACGGAGUACGAACACGGGCUCGAUGCGGUCUACUACGGGUGGCUUGCGAUGUGUCUCCGAAUGAUCGAAUUCAUCGAGACGGUGUUUUUCGUGCUGCGGAAGAAACAGAAUCAGGUCUCGACGCUUCAUGUUUACCAUCACAUCAGCACCUUCCUUAUCGUCUGGUGGAGCUUGAAGCUAAGUUUGUCCUACCAGGAGAUGUCCAUCAUGGUACUCAACUCGAUCGUGCAUAUGAUCAUGUACUCGUAUUACUUCCUGUCAUCGUUCAAACCCUGCCAACCGUUUACUAACCGCGUUAAACCGAUCAUUACCAUCAUCCAGCUGGCACAGCUAGUUACAAUGCUGGUACACGUGUAUGCCGCCUUACAGCCGUCUUGUGCUGCCAACAAAACCAUCUACACACUGCACGCUAUUAAUCUUGUCAUCCUGAUCAGCCUGUUCACCAACUUUUACAUUCAGACGUACGUGCGCAAGGCACGAAAGUUGAAGCAGAAAUAGAAUUAGUUACAAUUCGGUUUAGUUUUUACUACUGCUCGGGGUACAUAUGGGUGGGAAAAUGGAGGAAUAUUUCGAAUGAUAACAUCAUGCCACAGGGUGCUGCAGCACAACCUUCCGUAUGCAUUGCCGUUGAUGUUACAAAAAGAGAAAACAUUACAACGGAAAAUGUUUCAUCAGCAUUUCCGUAUUGCAGAUUUCAUACCUAACAUGAGAAGGCUGUACAUUUUAUCUAUUUAUGCACUUUCCUAUUAUUCUACCUUCUACAGCUCUGGACUGCCUUCUUUUUUUCGCAUUUGUGCUAAACAAAAAUAAACAAUACAAAAAUUUCC